UUCAACUCAUGCUGAGGUAUCUACUGAGUUAGUUGUAUACGUACACCAUCAUCAUGUAAGUGAAUUCAAUUGGAACGAUACUUUGGAAAUUUAAAUAUUUCGUCCAUUUCAGGCAGUUAUUUUUGUGCUCGAUACUAUUAAUCUAUCGCUUCAAUUGUGAGUGUAUUGCAGAAAAUAUCUCAGAUCCUAAUAUGAAUGUGUCGUCAAGAAGGGCAGGAUUGAUAGGCGAGACAUGGACUGCAACUAAUUUCACCCAAUUGAACGAAGCCGGAAAUUUUUUUCAGCUAUCGUUCGAUGAUCAAAGAAUAUUAUUGGAAUAUGACAUUGACUUUCAGGGGUUUCAAAUUCCUUUGAAAUAUGUUUUAGCUGCUGACGCCAAAUCAUUACAAUUUUUACGAAUAAAUGACGUCUUAAGCCAUACAAUGAGAUUAGGAGCUGAUGUGAAAUUCGAUGCCAGUCAAUGCUCUAAGGAUAAAAAUUUCCUACAAAAUCGAACGAAUGGUAUAUACCGAAACUACAAUCGAAACCGAUAUGACGAGGUGGAUAUGGAUACUGUCAUAGCUGACGCAAGGAUCAACAAACGUAUCUACCUCAGCGAUAUACCAACAGUGGACAUUCCAGAUUUUGCCAGAGUAGUGGCGCAACAACUUAAGAAGAAACUGCCGUGGUAUUGGAUAGUGUCACUCAAUCUUCAAAGUGUUAGUAACGUUGCCGAGAAGUUUGAAGAUCGGGAAGCAGUAUCAGCGUACAUUUCCAAGAAUGUUCUCAACCUAACCGAUUUCGAGGAGAAAGCAUUUCACGACAUUUUCACCAGCAAUCGAGUCAUUUUUCUGGUGACACUUUCGGCUGACUUAAAUCGUGAAAACGCCAGCAGGGAAAUCCGUUUGCUAAACGCAAUCAAAAGGGAAUCCGACAAUCAACUUUGGAUAUUCGGCUCGGUGCGAAAUUUUGAUCUAAUAUCUCGCCUUAGCAUGACCGUUUACAGACAGCUCCCAAUAGAAGAUAAUUUUUGGGUGCGCUCAGCGGAUAAACUGUUUUACGCGUGGGACAAAUUCGACAGGCGACAGGCAAAAGAUCGUAAUGAAUGGAGGUUGGAGUUGUCCGUAUGGGCAAAUAUUUCAAUUGAAAAUUCCUUACAUUGUGACGAUCACGACGAUGUUUGGGAUAGAUCAUUAUACGGAAUAUUCAAACACUACACCGACAUUAUCAUCAGCUCAAUAGAAUCGCCAACGCUAACCAGAACAGACGUUGAGUCCAUCUAUCAACACCGAGCCAUGCAGACUCUAUUUCCCAACUACUAUCAAGGCCAUUUAGCCGAAUCAUGGUUUCCUAACUUGCCGAUGGUCGAUUUCAGUACGCUUAACUUUGACCGGAGUUUCAUUUAUAGAAAUAGGAUUCAUGCAGUCACUGCUGAAUUUUUUGUCGUUGAAUUUUUUAGGCAGAGACUGUUUGCGUCCGGAAAAAACGUCACCGAUUCCAUACCGAACACAUUGAAGGCAAUUCUCAGCGAUUGGGAUCAAUACGAUAAAGUGCAUGUGUUUAUGGAAGGCCUUUACACGUUUCUGCUUUCCGGCACACAGACUGAAGCCUUGAACGGUGCCGUCAAGCAUUUUGAACAAUUUUACACUACCGCAAAACUUCAACAAAUUUUGAUCCAUGCGAUAUAUUUAGGUGACGUGAACACGGUUAAGAUCAUAGCAAAAACUUUCGAAAAUAAUCCAAAAGAACUGUGCGAGUUACUCGACUAUAAAGCUGGACCGGUAGGUGAAGCAGCUGAGUUUCAGUCAGUUGAUUUCGUGGAAAGGUUGCUGAAACUGUUACGUGAUCAAUUAGAUGCCGACUGUUUUAAGAAUUUGUUCUUCAAGAGAGGAAUCUACGACCGAAAUCCGAUAUUUCUUUCUGCCGAACGAAUGGACAAUUUUGAUUUUCUCUUAAACCAUCCAAUUGUUCCUUUAACCAGCAAUGAAAAAGCUUAUCUAUUGAUGGAAUUUGAUGAGAAAGGUAAAAACGUUUUGGUAAAUCUAAUGGACUUUCGUAAAAGUAAAUGUUUUUCAAACGCAUUCAAAGCUAUGGGUCAAUUUCUCGACAAGGAGCAUGCGAAAGAGCUGCUUUAUAUCGACCCAUUUCUUAAACAACUUCAUUCCAUUGAUUUCGAUUUAGUUAGUCCGGAAAUCUUUGACGUACUUCUUCAUUGGUCUAAAGUCUACUCGUUGAGGAAUGAAACGAGAAAAAUUUUCGUUAUGGAAAAUUCUCAGUAUUUGCGUUCACGUUUGUUGCGAGACGCAAAUUCUUUUGUUGUUGAAGCAUUUUGGUCAUUUUUUGAGACAGUUUACAGAAGCAGCUCUGAGCGGAAAGUAUUUCUCAACCAAAAUGAAGAUAUAUUGCAGGACGCCAUGCAUAACAACGACAGAAAAGUUUUCAGUUUUGUUAAAGAGAAAUUUGACCUGUUGCUCGGACCACAAAAAUCCAAGACUCUGAUAUGGGAUCUGAUGUUAGAGUCAGUCUAUCGAUUUCAUCAUCGUCAACUUGAAGAGAUUGACUUUUACUGGCCAUUUUUUGAAGAAAUUUAUCGCAAUCAGGAGGAGCGAAGAGUGAAAUUGAAGGAAAAAGACAGUUCGCACAGAACAUUACUAUAUCUGGCCUGGUACGAAUCAAUCAACAAAUAUUGGUUUGUAGUGGAAAAGUACAAUGAGCUGUUGAAUCAAGACGAAAUGCACCGAGCUGAAAGAAAUGAAUCCGAUUCGCCGUGGUAUAUGAAACUUUGGAACCAUUUAUGGUUUUCAAGUUAAAAUAAUCCAGAAUCUUGGUUUAAUCUUAGUUUAAUUUGAUUUUGUCGUUGAUGAUAAAAGUAAUGUUCAUUCAUCUAGUUAAUCAAUAAAUUGCAGU